AUGGCCAACUUGCUGCCUUUUCGGGACAUCAACGUCCACGCCUCCACCAGCCACUACGCUUUCACCUCGCCCUCCAACUCGUCUGCACCGACGCUGGUGGUGGAGAGACCGUCGGGCGAUAUCCGACUGAACGAUGGAUCUCUCCUGGGAGCAAAACGAGUGUCGAGCAUCGCUGGCAUCUUGGGCAUCAUUAAAUUGAAGCUGGACAAGUAUAUCAUUGUCAUCACCAAGGCACAGCCCAUGGGCAGACUGCGUGGCCACAUGAUCUACAAAAUCGUCGCUACAGAGUUCCUCCCCUUGCGAGAGCGCGCCGUCCGCGACCCCGACGAAGAUACCUACCUCUCCUACCUCAAGACAUUGCUUGCCGCGAGUCCCAUGUAUUUCUCCUACUCGAUUGACAUCACCUCCAAUUUCCAGCGCCAGACCGAGUCGGAUCUGUCGCAGCCAAUGUGGAAGAGAGCGGACGAUCGCUUCUUUUGGAACAGGUUCGUCCAGACAGAUCUGAUUGACUUCAGGCUCGGAGGACUGCGCGGACAACAACAACCUGGCGCGGAUCCUUAUAUUCUCCCAGUCAUGCAUGGCAUGUUGCGCAUCACGCCGGCCAAGAUCAAGAACACUGCGUUCACGUUUGCCCUGAUCACCAGGAGGUCUCGAUUUCGUGGUGGGACAAGAUACUUCUCUCGAGGCAUCGAUGAUGAAGGCCACGUGGCGAACUUUAAUGAGACCGAGCAAAUCGCUUUGCUCAACGACGCCUCGGGUCCGACGGGCUAUGCUGGCGGGCAAGGGAUACCGAACGGAAACGCUGGAAGCCAGGCUAUAGAGACUCAAGUCCUGUCAUACGUUCAGACACGGGGUAGCGUCCCUGUCUUCUGGGCCGAGAUCAAUGAUCUUCACUACACACCCAAGCUGCAGAUCCGGGGUGUGGAGUCUGCUGUGGACGCCGCACGGAAACAUUUUGACGAGCAGAUCAGAAUUUACGGCGAGAAUUACCUGGUCAACCUGGUCAACCAGCGCGGGAGGGAGGAACGCGUUAAGAAGGCUUAUGAACACAUGGUCCGAAUCCUCGUCAGCUCGCCAGAAGAGGCCAUCGAAGCCGAUCCACGCACGGAUGAAAAGUUCCGAGACAUUGAACCCUCGAGCACACGACAGCGGAUGGACAAACUGCACUAUAUUUACUUUGAUUUCCACAGUGAGACCAAAGGAUACAAAUGGCACCGUGCCGAACUCUUACUGGAUGAGUUGCUCGAUGGGUUGAGGAAAGGGCAGUAUUUCCGGGGGGUUGAAAUGCCCGGUGACCCGUCUGGAGCUCUAGAGGUUCGAUGUCGGCAGACUGCAGUGGUGCGUACCAAUUGCAUGGACUGCCUGGAUCGGACCAACGUGGUCCAGAGCAUGUUGGGCCGAUGGGCCUUGACCCAGCAGUUCCAAGAUGUCGGCAUCCUGCAACCCGGUGAACGGGCACAAGACGACAGAGCGUUCGAGUUCCUGUUCCGCAACGUAUGGGCCGAUAACGCAGAUGUGGUCUCCAACUCGUACUCGGGAACUGGCGCCUUGAAGACGGACUUCACGCGCACGGGAAAGCGCACCAGGGCUGGGGCGGUACAGGAUUUCAACAACUCGGCCACACGUUAUAUCCGCAACAACUUCCUGGAUGGACCGCGACAGGACGGCUUCGACCUCUUCUUGGGAGCCUAUCUGCCGUCCACGUUUGGUGUUGGUUCUUCUCUGAUGUUUGCAGACCGGAGACCGCUCAUCAUUCAAGCUGUGCCAUAUAUGUUAGCCGCCUCGUUGUUUAUUGUGUUCGUGUCGCUGGUUACUCGGCGACCGCCGGACGCAGCAGUCUGGCCUCUGCGUAUUUUUGUUGUUCUCUGUUUGGUUGUGGCAGGGUGGGCGUUCCAAUUCAUCUACGCCCACGGACUGUUGUACGUCAAUUGGCCGAAACUCAACACUCCAUCAUUCGCGAGUGAAGGGUAUUCGGAGGCGUUAUCGCGAGCUCACAAGGACAAAAUCGUCGGGCCGAUCAUCGCAGCCGCGAGCGGCAAGGACAGAAGACUGAGGAAUAUUAGCACGGCGAACAUGGGAUUUAUGGAAGAGGGCAAGAAGAGGAUAGAAUAA